AUGGCGUCGCCCGUGGACCAAGCCGCCGCGGGCCAGCUUGCUACCGACCCCAGCAUGGCUACACAGCUUGAAACUCAAUCUCCAGCUGCUGUGAAUGGUCUCGCCCAAGCGUUGCUGCAACAUGACCUCGUUCCCGAACACCCCCAAGGUGAUGAAAUCCGGCGCCAGGUCGAGUACUACUUCUCAGACGAGAACCUCCCAUUUGACCGACACCUCCUCGAGAAAUGCCAAGGUCGCCUCAACCUACCAGUUUCUAUCAAGUCGAUAUGCGGAUUCCCCAAGAUGCGCCGCUACAAGCCUUUCCGCCAAGUCGUGGAAGCCCUCAAGAAGAGCGCCUUCCUAGAUGUAGUUGAAGGCAACAAGAUCAAGCGCAAGCUUCCCUUGAUGGGCAAGACCGUUCUUGAUGAAAAUGACGACGAGUCCGAUGUCGACGUCGCAUCGGACGCAGAGCCUAAGCCUAAGCCUGUGCAAGGCAAAAAGUUCCAGCGCCCGGUAGCGCAGCCGAAGAUAGAGAAGCCUUUUGGCUUCGACAAGCCUCAUGGAUUCGAAGAGUUCUACGCUGACGCCCCAGUCACCCCCGCCGAGUUUCAAGCAGAGGUGGGCAUGUACGACCCCGGCAUCUCAUUCCGACUGCGGAUGGAAUGCGCCAUCCAGCGCUACAACUCGAGGCGUAAGAUGCACCAGCAUUAUGCCAAUGUCUUCGCCAAGUUCAUGAAGUAUGGCGGCGUUGAACACGGUCAGCGCCAGUUCACAGGUGGCAUCAAGGACAAGGAGCUGGAGAACCGAGACGCGCAGGACAUUGCCCUCAUGAUGGCCACCUAUACCAUUGAUCCGGAUAAGGAUGAGGACGAGAACUGGCCCGUUGCUUUUGAAGAGGUUGCAAAGGGCUUUCUCUCUUCCGAAUGGCCGGUCCUCGUGUUCUAUGAUUUGGCUAGCAUCCGCCUUGCAUCGACAGUGUUGAAGAACUUCUACAACUACCUGCUGCACCACAAUGUCUGCCCGGAGUACAACGAUGACAUUUACGCUGCACGCAAGAUCUGCAAUUUAGCUGAGCUAGAGUUUCCCAAUAUUAUUGAGACGUCGGCCAACAUGCCAGGUGACCUCAAUGUCGCCUGCAGCAACCUCUUCAACGGGUUCUACAAGGACAAGUACGUCAGGAUCGGAGAUUGGGACGAAUUGGAGGAGCCGCACAUGCGAGGAAAGUUCUCCACACAUACCGAAGAGAAGUCCGGCAUCAUUCUGAAAGCUGCCGUCGGUGCUCACGGGACUGACGAACAGAUGACUGUCCUGGAGGAGGCAUUCAAUGACAUAACCUGCAUCAGCACGAACGAGAGCACUGGACUCGAGGUUACAGCGGUCGAAAUGCCCUCUUCCGAUGUUCUUGAAGUUUACGCAGCUCUGAACGCCCAAAGUAGAGGUAGGCUUGAACUCAAGCCUGUGGGUAAGCUUCACUGCAAGCAUUGGGAGAUUCCAGACUUCAGUACCUAUGACCUUCCUGAGUGCUACAUGAAGCAGCUCGUGGAAGAUCAGAAGAACAGGAAGUACGAGUUUUGGCUCGAAACAGACAUCUUGCAAACCUGCUUCGUAGGCAUGAGGAUGCAGGCCACAGUGCGCACCCUCAGUCUGGGCUUACAAGUGUUGGAUCAGGUUCAAGAGGUGUACUGCUCAUUCUACACCUACCUUGCUAACGACAUUAUGUGGAAAUGGAGGGAGCCCGUCUUCAAUGAGCAUCCUGCAGAGGACAAGCCGGAGCCCACGACUAACGAAGAUGACGACGACAGCGAGAAAGAACAAGGAUAG